AUGUUACUCUCGAGAGCCCGAGGAGCGGUUGUACUUUUGAGCGGUAUGAACGUAGAUGCGAGAGUGGUAGAAAGAGGUAAUGUAGGGAAUCAGGGAUCACCAUUGCUUCUUGGUCCUCAAGGUGGUAGUGCUACACCUCCAUCGGCAAAUGAUAGUACAUCGAAAUCAAGUGAUAAUGAUACUCAGGACAGUGAUAACAAUAACGACGAUAACUCAGAUUCAGAUUCAGUUUCCACCUCUACCUCAAUAGCUUCUGUUUCCACAAAAACUGCAAGCAUAAGCACAAGUACUUCCACUUCCAUUUCCACCUCAACCUCUUCAUCCAUAUCAACAUCGUCCACCGCCAGUUCCAAUACAAACUCUUCGUCUUCACCAACACAUACGAGUGAAAAUCGAUUACUUCCCCCUGAUCCACCCAAACAACCUUCCUCAGUACGAUACCUCGUUCCUGUAUUCCUCCUGAUCCUAAUCACCUUGAUAGGAUUCGGAUAUCGGAAAUAUCGUAAGCGGAGAAAGAGGAGAAGUCGAUCUUCAAUGGCUGGAAAAGAUUUUGAAGAAUUGAUGAAAAAUGGUAAUGAUCCGUUUAUUACUUCAGCUGAUCAAUUUAAUCCUUAUAGAGGGUGGAAAGAGAUUCCUUCGAAGGACGAUGAUGAAGAUGAUGGGAUUUGGAAUUCAAGGAUGGAUGAUGAUGCCCCACAAAUUAGAUUUAUAGAUGAAGAACACAAUACCGUCCGAUUAGAGGGAUCAAGAGCCCCUACCGCAGGAGUAAAUGGGGGAUUGGUGAGGUCCGGACAAUUUAUAUCGGCAAGUGAAAAAGGAUGGGGAUGGAGAGAAUCCUGGAACAAUUUCAAAUCUGCUAGAGGUAAAGACAAUCGUAAUCAAUUUAACACUUUGAGUGAUUUAGAAGAAGGUACGGGUAAUGUCGAUGGAGAUGAGGUAGAUGAGAAACAAACGAUGAAAUUGGUAAAAUCGAAUAAAGUUUCUGAAUCUAUAACAUAUACCAAUAUACUUCCUACAACAAGGGGUGUGAGUAUGGGUCAACACGAUUAUCAUGAAGUUGCUAUCGAAGAUGAAUUACCUUUAUCGCCACCAAGGGAAGGACAGAUUAGGCAAUUGCAAGAUCAGUUGAACUCUUUGACUUAUCAGAAGGAGAUCCCUCCGACAAGUACUACACCGAAGAAAGCCAAUAGAUUAGAAAGAAACAAAUCACCAAAUAACAAUCGACGAAGCAAAUCAAUCAAAACCGAUGUUAACACCGGAGAGUUCAGUCCAGGAGGUAUGCCCGAAGCACCUGAAUGGAUCAGACCACGUUCAGUCUCCCCCACCAACCUGUCCAUCUUGAGUCCACCAAUGCAACCUCAUCUAUUCUUUCAUCCAUCUCCAUUACCAACGAAACAGAUCGAACCUUCUAUAAUUAGUGAAUAUAGUGAGAAUGGGACGAUAUCGACUUUACCAAGUACACAGAAUACUCCUCAACCUUCACCUAUUCUAUCUGAUACAGAUGUUAAAAUGCCUAGAAUACCAUCUACAGCAUCUGGUUUAGCAGGUAUAGAUUCUUUUUCAGUUGUCACUUCCAACAAAAUGCCACCAGUUGCCAGUGGUGUCAAUGAGAAAGGGAAAGGAUAUGUAUCCUCUGGAUUGAAUCCUAUAUCCAAUUCAUCACCUAGAAAAGAAAAAGGGGGAUUAUCGCCUAAUAACUUGAAUUUGACGCUGAAACGCUCAACAGCGCUACAAAACCUUUCCAACCCAAGUCCAACACGGAACAAACCUUCUACUCUUUCCCCUGAUGUCAUAAUCGAUGGACCGAAGAUAUCGAAGAAAAGUAGAGUAGAGAAGAAAGAACUCAAAGCAAGAAACGAAGUUGAAGAUAUCCUUAAAGCAAGUUGGAGUGAUAGAGCGUUGAUCUCUCCUCCACUUGGGUCACCGACUAACCAAACAUUCGCAGAUCAAUUGAGGUCGCAGGGUGUUCCGGGAAUGAUGAGUCCCGGAUUGGAACAAGGUGGGAAUGGGAUUGAACAGAGGUUGGCUUUGCUGAAAGGAGUUGAUAUCUAG